AUGUUGAAGUAUCACAUGGACGGUUACAGUGGUUAUGGCGUCCAGUAUUCACCUUUUUUUGAUAACAAAAUUGCUGUUGCAACUGGAUCAAAUUUUGGUUUGGUUGGAAAUGGCAAACUUUUCAUUCUUGAUAUAGAUAGCAACGGCAGAAUGAUCGAAACGAAUUCAUUUGUUACUCAAGAUGGUCUAUUCGACGUUUCUUGGAAUGAACUGCAUGAAAAUCAAGUUUUAGUAGCCCAAGGCGACGGAACGUUACGCCUUUUCGAUAUUCAACUCCGCGAUUAUCCAAUAGCGAUUUUUCAAGAACAUGAAAAGGAAGUUUUCAGCUGUAACUGGAAUCUCAUCAAUAAGCAGACGUUUGUGAGCAGUUCCUGGGAUGGAACGGUCAAGAUUUGGUCGCCGUCGAGAACUAGCAGUUUAACCACGUUGAUUCCGAAACCCAUGGUGGCACAAAACCCCUUAUUAGCUAGUAAGGAUGUACCCAUGUCCAACCAGCAACAGCACGCAUCACUGUCAAAAAAUAAGAACUGCAUAUAUCAAGCUCAGUUUUCACCUCACGAUCCUAAUGUCGUGAUGUGUUGUGCAGGGAAUUCAUACGUGACCAUGUUCGAUCUGAGGCAGCCGACUUCUGGCCAAUACAAUUUCUUGGCACACAAUGGUAUGGAGACAUUGACUUGUGACUUCAACAAAUAUAGACCUCACAUUGUAGCCACCGGUGGGGUGGACAAUAUGAUAAAGAUAUGGGAUUUAAGAAUGGUCAGAAAAAUGACCACAAGUCUAAGACAGCCUAUGAGCAUCAACGAGAUCCGCGGUCAUGAGUUGGCCAUUAGAAAAGUUUCUUGGUCUCCACACCAUUCGAACAUGCUUCUCUCAACAUCUUACGAUAUGACAUGCAGGGUAUGGCAAGACUUGAGUGACGAUGGGCGUAGACCUACCGGCAAGACUAAUAGCAUCGAUCCUGUGAAUGGAUGUAGACAAGUAUUUCCGAAUCAUACUGAAUUUGUAUUUGGCGCCGAUUGGAGCUUGUGGGGCCAGCCGGGAUAUGUUGUGUCUACUGCCUGGGACGGGAAUGUUUGCAUUUGGUACGCUUUUGCAAAGUGA